AACGUUUCUGGCAACACUGUCGGUCAGUCCAUAACAACAAUUGAUCUGUCAAUCGUGAAGCCGUUCCCAGCAAGCAAGUUGGAAGUGUGAAAAUGGUGUUGAAACGCCCUUCUCGUCCAUCGGAAUCUUCGUCUGCAGCCACGCCCAAGGAUCCACCUCCCUUGUGGACAUCUGAGGCGGAGUUGUCCUUGUUUUCCGCCUUGAUCCAACACAAAGUGGCCGGCCCAUCCAAACAUUUUCAAAUGGCUUUGGUCACCGAAAAAGUCAAUCAAGAUGGCUUCAAAGAUAUCACGGCUAAUCAAAUCUGGUCCCACAUGAAGAACCUGUUCAAUUUGCCGGCUGUGGACGAGAUCGAGAAUUCGGCCACCUGGGCCCAAUCCCUCCAAGACGACCUCAACGUCGACACGCCCGUGGAAUUCUCGUUUCCUCGCAAAGAAUUCCAGUCCAUUGUGGCCGAGAUGCGCAAAAACGGCAAGAUCAGCUCAUCUUCCGGCUUCGACUCGGUCCAAGACACGCCCAACUCUUCCAAACGGGCCAGUAACAGCAGUCGAGAUGGCAAUUCUGGCGCUUCGAGUAACAUCAACGCCAACAGUAACGCUUUAUCGUCGAGUAAAAACGAGGACACGCCCAAGAGCUCUACCUCCAAACGGCCCACCCGGUCCACGCCCAGUUCGACGCCGGCCAAACGGCGCAAAUAGCUUUCAUGAUAGCUUGCGAAUGAUAUUCAAGCGAAAUAGAACUCAUCAACCAUUAUUGAUCGGCAAAAUCGACCCAUUUAAGACAACGUGUGUUUUGUCAUCUGUUCCAG